GACAGCGCCCCAGUCGGUUUAAUAGGACCCACAGUGAAUCGCACUUUUCUCGCUUUCGCGCACUCCUUCUUCCUUGAGUCUGAUACCCUCACCAACACUGGAUGAGUCCUUCCGUGCGGCCGAGGAAGCAGCAGCAGCAGCAGCAGCAGCGAUCGCUCCCGUUCUCCAUCGCACCGCUGCGGUAAGCGAGAGGGGGGACACAGCAGGAGGGCACUUCGCUGUCAGUGUCACUUGUUUCUCCUCUCUGGGUGAAACAUCCAGGGGCUGGUCAACCGGACCGACUUUCUCUCAGACGGAGACCACAAAAAAAAGGGACUUAACGCGCCCCACUGGGGGAUCUACGGAGAAUCUGGACGGGUCCCACAUCCAAAAGGGAACAAUCGUAACUUAAGUAGAUUGCUCCGUGAUACAUCGGUGGGGUUUGAAGAGAGCCCUUCUUUUGAGCGAGGAUGGGACCGCUUCUCCUUUCCAUCGUCCUCUGUGUGAGCGCCGCUGUCCCGCACUUGGUGAAAGCAGCAGAUGGUGAGGAACCAACUACACCAGGUCCCUGCCAUCCAAACCCUUGCCACAACAGAGGAAUAUGUGAGAUCAGUGAGAGCUUCAGGGGCGAUACCUUUAUUGGCUACGUCUGCAAGUGUCCACCCGGAUUUAGUGGAAUUCACUGCCAACACAAUGUUAACGAAUGCGAAAGAAACCCCUGCAAAAAUGGGGGCAUUUGCACUGAUCUGGUGGCCAACUACUCCUGUGAAUGUCCAGGGGAAUACAUGGGAAGGAACUGCCAAUACAAAUGCUCCGGGCCGCUGGGCAUGGAGGGCGGUAUCAUUUCCAACCAGCAGAUCACAGCGUCCUCCACCCACCGCGCGCUCUUUGGCCUGCAGAAGUGGUACCCCUACUUCGCACGGCUCAACAAGAAGGGCCUGGUCAACGCCUGGACCGCCGCAGAGAAUGACCGAUGGCCCUGGAUCCAGAUUAACCUGCAGAGGAGGAUGAGGGUCACGGGCCUAAUUACCCAGGGUGCAAAGCGCAUCGGAAGCCCAGAGUACGUCAAGUCGUACAAAGUAGCCUCCAGCGAUGACGGGAAGACAUGGAGGACGUACAAGGUCAAGGGCACGGAUGGGGACAUGAUUUUCAGAGGGAACGUCGACAACAACGCACCCUCUGCCAAUUCCUUCACCCCACCCAUCGAGGCCCAGUAUGUGCGCAUUUACCCUCAAGUCUGCAGGAGGCACUGCACCUUGCGCAUGGAGCUCCUCGGAUGUGAACUGACAGGCUGCUCUGAGCCAAUGGGAAUGAAGUCAGGCCACAUCCAGGACUACCAGAUCACCGCCUCCAGCAUGUUCAGGACACUCAACAUGGACAUGUUCACCUGGGAGCCCGGCAAAGCCAGGCUGGACAAGCAGGGAAAGGUCAACGCCUGGACAGCAGGACGCAGUGACCAGUCACAGUGGCUUCAGGUUGACAUGCUGCUACCGACAAAGAUCACGGGCGUCAUCACCCAGGGAGCCAAAGACUUUGGCCACGUCCAGUUUGUUGGCUCGUACAAAGUGGCCUACAGCAACGACGGUGAGAGGUGGACUGUGUACCAAGAUCAAAAGCAGGGCAAGGAUAAGGUUUUCCAAGGAAACUUUGACAACGACACACACAGAAAAAAUGUGAUAGACCCACCCAUCUACGCUCGCCUUCUCCGGAUCCUUCCCUGGUCAUGGUACGGCAGAAUCACUAUGCGUGCAGAGAUACUCGGAUGCACAGAGGAAGACUGAUCCCAGGCCCCAUCCAGCCCCUUUACCCGAUUCCCCUGCCCUCACACGCCCCUUUACCCCCUGCUAUACUGGUGCAUCCCAGCCAGUGUUUCAAUAUGAACUGUGCAACCUGUACAAAGAAAUUGAUUUACAAUGAUUUUUUUCAAGAAUACGUGUUCAGUGGUGGUGGGUUGCUGUUUGUUUUUUGUUGUUUUUGUACAAUUAUUUAAACCUGCCCCUGUUACACUUGUCUUCUGAUUGUUGUUGUUUUUUUAGUUUUUCAUUUGGUUAGUUAACUUUUUUAUUCAACUAUGUCGUCACAUAAUCAACCACUGUUUAGAUACGCUGCCAUGUAAGCUAUUGUACAGCGAUUUGAACAAAUACAAAUUAAAAAUGAUGCAUCGGACAUACUCUUUAUUUCUUGAACUAUGCUUAAAACCAUCAUACGUUCAUAUCCGUGUUGUGAAAUAUACAGUAUAAAAAAUGUAUUUAAUUUGCAAAAGACACUUGUUCAAGCCAUCCCGUCACCAUGAAAUGACACCACUGACAUCACAACAUCAAAACGAAACAAUUGAAAUGCUCUUGUAUAUUAUGUAAAACACUAAGGAAUUGCAUGGUUCAUAAAUUAUAAAUUAUAGAUGUAUAUUAUGAUGGGAAGAAAGAAGAAGAAAUCCAUCCCCUUAAGAGCAAUGGCUUUUAUUUAGGGACUUAUUUUUAUGUGCAUUUUUUCACUCACUGAAUGAUAUGUCGGGACAGUUUAAACCCUACAGUGAAGAUUCCCAGGCUCGCUGUCUCUAGUUGAAGUGUGUUUGUACUAUCAGUGUGGGAUUCCAUGUUGUUUCAUUUGUAACUAGCUAACUGGUAUGAUAAUGCCUUGUCUGGAAUAUUUUGAACCAGUUUGUCACGUCUUAUUGUCUCUUCAAUACCAUUUCUUGUUUUGAUAAAACGAUCUAUGUUCAAUUUGAAACGCUCAGGAUUGUCAUAUAGAUUCCCUUAAAAUGUAGUUUUAUUUUGCUUUUUUUAGAGCCUGCCUGCAAAACCAAUGUGCAGAUAAAUGUGCAACUACAAAUACCUAUACACAUAUGCAUUUGUUCUGCUACGAUACAAAUUGUAAAAAGUAUUUUGUAUUCUUUUGUAUCAUUUAGGCUGGACAUCCCUUUAUUGUAAAAUAAUUUGAGAAGCAAAUAAAUGAGCUAUAGUCAAAAAUUUACUGAAAAAAUUAACCAAAACAUAAAUAUACAAAACCUACAAGUGGGAGAGAAUGGUAUCGUCUAGAGUCUAGAUGUCAACUAAUGUAUUCAAACUUUCAAAUGAUGUCAGAUUAAACUAUGUGAACCUUCAAAUCAUUUUAACACAAGUCUCAACAAUUAGAAAUACAUUCAUUUAAGAUCAGUGUUUAAUUCAUCUACAUUAGCAGAUGCUUAAUGAAACAUAAUCCACAUUGUACCUUUUUGUAUUUAUUUAAUAAUCACAAUUUGCAACGCAGACAAGGCAAUAUUUGGGCCACAUAAAAUAUGUAUGUACUAUAACUAACAUCUCAAUCUGUAACAUGAAAAUGUUUAUCUAUAAUGGUAUUCUGAUUAACUAUCACAUGAUUAUUGUCAUGGAAAUUAUGACACGAUUACCGAAUUUACCCAGAAAUUUAGAUACCAAAAGAGAGAUUUAUGACUAUUCUAGACCGAGAGGUUUAUCACUAGUCCAAUCAUUGGGUGGGAUAGCUUGGUAAUAUUCACUCAGAUUAUGUUACUGAACUCAUGUUUUGCUAAACAAAAAGGUAGUGUACAUAACCAAUGUAAAAAUGUUUGUGGUGUAGAUUGAUGUUCUUCAGUCUUUGGCACAGUAUACUGUAAACAUCAGUUAAGAAAAAACAUUUGUAUGGGCAUAUUUGGAAGAUACAUUUUCUAUCUUAUCUGUGGACAUUUCCUAAAAGGAAAUGCCUUGAGUUAAAGUUAAAGUCCUACCAUCUCAUUACCAUUAUUAUUUUGUCUACAAUUUAUUAUAGAAACUUGCUGCCUGUGAACAAUUCACAGAGGAGAAUUAUUAACAACCAUUGACAAGGUCUGCAUGAUGUAAGGACUUUAUAUAUAUAUAUAUAUAUAUAUAUAUAUAUAUAUAUAUAUAUAUAUAUAUAUAUAUAUAUAUAUAUAUAUAUAUAUAUAUAUAUAUAUAUACACUAGGUGAGGAGGUUCACAGGCACUUUAUGUUCUUGUUGUCAUUGGUCGUCUUGUGUGUUGAGAAGCUUCAUAUUUCUGCAAAUGAGGGAUGUAAGAAUCUGUUCAUUCUGUGUCUCCCCAUUAAAUGUUCAUAUUUCAUUUGACAUAUCCUUUGUUCAAGUGACAACCACUAUUUAGAAAAUGUACAGAUAAUGUCCUGGUUAAGUCCAAACCUGAAAAUCGGAUUCUGUGUACAGGCGAAAAAAAUGAUGUUGCUUCAAACAUGUUUCAGUUUGACUAAUAAAAACAUAUCUGUGAA